UAGAUAGAUAUGGUUUAGUGCGAAAUGUGUAGCGGGCGCCAUGUUGUGUUAAUAUAUAACCGAAAUAUAACAUUAGAUUUCGGCGUAUUGGAUACAUACGCUAGAAUGGCUCAAUCCGACAAUACAAAAUCUAACAUCUUAGCGUACGUUCACAUGCAUGUGGUGCGUAGGGUGUUAAGAAGACUGUUGGAAUAUUGUGUUUACCAAGAGGAUAAUACAUGGACCGUUGACAGGUUUCUGUUUCAAAAUAUGCAUAGAAUUCUUGAGACAAGAAUUGGACGCGAAACCAGGCAGGUUCUGUUUCCAGGUUAUCGAGAAGACACCAAUGUCGCAAGCUGGCCUCUAAUUUUGUUCCCUUUUCUAAUCACUGAGAUAAGUGGCACAUCACUUUCGUCGGAAAUAGUGGAUAUUAUCCGACAACUGACGGAUCUUCGUCAUACGUUACACGGACGGAUUUUUUCGGGAAUAAGUGACCAGUUUUUCCAUGAUCAUUUAAAUGAUAUCGAAGCUCGUCUGACGAAUAUUUGCGAUCUAUUAAAUGAUGAUGAACUUACGAGGCAGACACUUAGCGAUCUGCGGACCGAGGAGGUGCGAGAAGAUUAUAUUGAAGAUUUCAAAAACAAUUACAAACAGGAGAAAUCUUAUAGAGAACAAAUGACUUCGCUUAGGCCAGAGCAACUAAGACUUCACCAGCAGUUGGAAAAAGUUGUAAAUUUACGGGAAGAGCGAGAGCGAGAACGUGGUGCAUCAGGAAAAUGUUUACCGCCCCAGCCAUACGACCAAUGUACAGUAGAUUUGAGAAGUCAGUAUAUACAUAUAUUCCAAUAUUCCUAUCAAGUGUAUUACGUCUAAUAUAUUUAUCAACGAUUAUUUGAUUCCAUAACAAUAUUGAACAUGAACGUUAUUACCAUUUUUGUUAAAUAUGUAAACUGUGAAAUUAAUAAGGUACAUCGAUAGGUUAAGUUCACAUAGAUCUUCAAAUCAAAUCAUAUAUGGAUAUGCAUACAAACUCAUACAAAUUGUAUUGUGACCUGAACCAUUUUUGCAAGUUUCUAUUUUGAUUUACAAUCCGGUUUGUAUACUACGUGAGCGCAGCUGUAUGAUGUUUUACUAUUGAGAUUUUGCGAUUAAUUGUAAUUUGAUAUUGCAAAUGUGUGCCUUUCCGGGUCUUGUGAUCGAGUUGCACCUGAUUCCUGAAUUUCCGGAGCAAAGUCGACAGAUAGCUAAUGACAUUGCGAACAUUAUUAACAACAAGGAUACAGAACUGAAAAAUAAAGAGUUGAUACAAAAUAAAGAAGCCAUCCGAGCCGCAUCGGAUAGAGCAUUUAGUGGCUUUGGUGAAUACUACGCUCAACUAGGCUGUAUCGAGAUUCACGUUCGGCUCAACAGUAUUCAAAGUUUGAUCCAACUCAUCUCAAAGUGUGUCUCUGGGUCAAUAACCGAUACGUUGAAACCAAUUCUUGACAUAGUGCGCACAAUCCCUGGAUGCGAAACGUACGAACUGCACGCUGUUCUAUACAAGGAUGCGUAUAACCACGUCAUGGAUGGCAUAGCGUCACAGGUGCUUAGAGAGCUCGAGAAUAGAUGCCUUGAGGAAGAACCGAAGAAAAAGGUGAAAAAAGUAUCAGCAACCGAUCGCGGAUCACUACUGCUGAGGGUCGGAUAUCCGAGUGCAGAGGAAAAGGAAGCGAUUGAACUAGCUGUGAAAAACGGGGAACUUAAUGCAAUAUUCAAUGAACUCGAAAAUGAAUUGAAAACGAUAUGUUCUGACAAGAAACUGCGUUUGCAGACAUCGGUUUUUGAAGAUAGCAUUCCCCAAACAGAUACUGAACACGCUCCAGAACCUAGCGCUGAUGACGUGAGGAAGGUUGUAGUAAGCCAAAAGCCAUCAACAUCACCAAAGAAAAGGGAGUUACUAGUUGUUAAAAGUCUAGACAUAAGAGCUGGAAACGAUUCAGAAGAUCCUAAUAUUACCGGAUGUUCAAUUGUAUCUCUUAAACGACUCGCUGUGGCAGAUCGUGCUAACAGAUGCAUCAAGUUAGUGGAUACAGAAGCUGGUAAAUGCGCUGGACAGUCGUUGACAUUGUCAUAUGCCCCGUGGGAUGUGAUAAACAUAGACGAGAACACCGCGAUAGCAUCCGCGCCAUCUGCUGGCAAAUUACUGCGUCUGAAAAUAGGAGCUGAUAAAAUAGAAUUAACUCACGAGUAUGAGUGCCAUGAUUCCUGUCGCGGAUUGGCAUAUUCUUCCGGGCGACUGUAUGUCACAUACGGACGUCCUUAUGCAAAGAUCAAUCUCUUUAACAUAUUUGACGCAUCGGUACAGCAAACAAUACAUCAUGGAAUGAUGCAUGACCCUUGGUAUAUCACUGUUGAUAACGCAAAUAAAUCAAUGUACGUAUCAGAAACGGAAAACCCCACAAUCCUGCACUUAAGCAGUGAAGGAAGAGCUUUGAAACGUAUUGAUUUUAGUGGAAUUGGUGAAGAACCGUUGGGAGUUAUUUUGAAGGAUAGUUCCAAGUUGUGGGUUUGCUGCUACAGCUGUGACAAAACACAAUCUCUUCUUGAGAUCGAUGUUGAAAGUGGAGAAAGUGAGAUCCUUUUUAAAGACGAAGGCAAAUACCCAAGUGUCAUACAGAUCCACCGACGUUCGGGAAACAUAUUUUUGAACUCGAAGGGAUCAUCUUGUAUGAUACAGUGUACAAUGAAUGCAAUUUAAACAUUUGUAAAUGCUUCAAUGAGUUUGAACGUGUGAUCUAUUCGCCUCAGAUGUUUUCCCAGAUGUGCAUGUACAUUUAUUAAUUAGUCGCAAUAUUGGAAGUUCUUAUAUGAAAUUGUAUGUUUUAACAUAUAUUGGGGACAAUGUGUCAACAUGUUGAUUCAUACGCCCACAUAGCGCAGGAAAUACGGUCACUGAAACCGCUUUGUUGUAAUGUCACGCAAAUUUUUUAACUGGUCAUCGUAUUGUUUCGAUUUAAUUUAUUGAAGUUAUCUAGUGAAAACAACUAUCUUUGAUGUUUGAUGCAGUCGUUUAGUCGUGAACAGUAUGCACAUAUAUGUUUUAUCUUAUUAUUGUUUGUGCUCCGAAUGUUUUUUUAUUUAUUUUUUUUUGUUUUGUUUUUCAGUUAACUACAAGGAAUUUUCAUUUCAAUGAAAAUUAACAAUAAAGAAAUUAUCUUAAAGAAUUGUUCAACAAUACAUUUUAGUAUUACACUAUUGACAUCAA